AUGAGUGUUGCGCUUCGUGCCAACGAUACUUUGCUGGCGCAACAAGACGAUGUGAAUAACGCCACGCGUCUUCCGGUCGACUAUGUUGCGCCGUCGCACCGUGUAAGCGGGACUGUCUAUGUGCAAACUACGCUACUACGCGUUUGCUGGAAAUUUCUGCUGUUUCCGGCUGUGCUCGUACUGCUUGCCGCUGUUUUGCUGUUCGAAACCAUUCGAACAAGUCGACCGGACGCUGUUGGAGUAUGGAAGGUCAACGCGCUGGCUAUUCUGCUGAACACGCAGUGGAGCCCGGCACCCGGCAUGAUGGGAGCCAGGACGGGUAAAGAGCUGGAUGAUGUGGCGGAGGCACUCGAGGCAAGAGUUGUGCAGGGUGAAGGUCUCAUGGGGGCAAGGCGAUCAGUCGCCAUACGGAAGAGGGAGGUAUCUGUGGAGUAG